GAGUUCAGUUCAACCUGGGGAGCGGAGCACAGCGAACGCUGGCCAAGUGUUGAGCGGUUAAAUAAGAAAAGUGCCAGCCUACAACAAGUAGGUGGAAAGUCCCAGCCAGUGUUCUGCGCCAGCUACUACAUUUCCCGAGGACCGAGUGCCCCAGCGGCUAACCAGAGUGUGCCACGUCCAUAGACCGAAGUCUCAAGUCCGCUUGCUCCUAAGGUUGUCUCCGUCCUGCUACCUACCUCCUUCUCCAGCUUGGCUUCCGUCCCAUUGCCGAUCCCUCGGCUGCUGUUCUGGCCCUGAUAAGCGUGUAAGCCUAACAUAUGGCACCCAACGUCGAUGCCAGCCGUCGUCACUUCUUGUGGUGUGCCGAUUAUCAUGGCAAGCAAUGUACAACAGCAACAGCAACAUCCAUGCACCACAAGUGAAGAGACGAAGCAUCAGAGAGCACGAGCAGCAGUCAAGGGCGAGGAAGCUGUGGGAGCAUGCCACCCGGCCUGGCCUGAGCAGCAGUCUACGAACAAUCAAGAGGAGCAGUUGCCCCACCCGCACCCAUUACCAGCGGAGCAGGUGCUGCACCAGCGAAAACCGAGGCAGCACGAGCUACUGCACCACCAGCGCAGGUUGCCGCCUUCGCUGCCGGCCCGGGGUCGCCUUCUGAUCAGCGAGGGUGCCCGGCGGCGUGAGGUGCGUGGCUGCGGAGCGGGAGGUGGCGGACUGUUAUGCUGCACGCUGGACCUGGUGAAUCGUCCGGCCAAGCUGCUGCAAGUAGGGUUCCUUCUGGCGAUCCUACUCCUAGCCACGCAUGGAGAUCUUGUGCAAGCGGAGGGCAAUGUUGGCUGCCAGUUUGUUAGGACGCUAUGCAUACCGCACUCCGAGGUCUGCUACGAUGACAACAUCUUUGGAAAGUGUAUACCCACAACCGGUGUCGAUGUUGAGGACAUUGAGAAGACUCCCCUCACCGAGGAGCAGUCUCGUCUGUUGGCCACCAUGCUGGAGGAACUCCAGGGCGCCGGCCUAGGCUGGGACCAUCCGUACGUGCAGUGUCGCAUCCAGGGUGCACUCUUCUCGCUGCAACGUCAGCAGCAGCUUCCGCCGAAUUUGUGCGCCAAUUUGGCGCCUGUUCCGCCGGACUUCGGGGACCCCGCGAGUGCUUUGGCCUAUGUGCGCUUCACGCCACCGGAACCGGAGGCGGAAAUCGAGUACUAUGAACAGCCGGGCUAUCCGUCCCUGAGGAAAAAGCAAUCCGUGGAUGACCAAGACAUUUAUCUGAAUCGGAUGUUGCAGGACCGGCGGCGGUUGCGUCACGAUCCUCUGGAACUGGAGCACUUUGGCAAGAUGGAUGGGCAUGCGAAGGGUGCACAGAGCGAAGUGGACAUGCCCAGCAUAAUGGACACUUUCCUGGACAAUGAACGGCAACGGAUGGAGCGCGAAGAGCAGCAACGCGAGGCGGCGGAGCAACAGAACCUAGAGCUCUACCAAAUACUAGCCGCCUCGGAGCCCGAUCCGCAGCCGUACCAAAGGAAGCCGGCCAAUGCCAUGGACCAGCUGGAGGCCAUUGUGGAGCAACAGCAGCAGCGGGAACUGAAGCAGCAGCAGGAACAAGAGCGUCUGGAGCAGGAGCAGCGAGCCAAGGCUCCGGUUUAUGUGCCACCCGAGGAGGUUAACGAAUCGAGUGAGCUCUAUUUUCCGGAUAACUUUACGCCCUUCAAGCGGGCACGAGGCAGCUCCAGGAGCAAGCUGGCCGAGCAGGAAGAGCAGCAAGAAGACCAGCCGCCCAAACGCUCGUUCUUCCGGGAACUGGCCGGCGAACAGGGAUUGGUCCAGGAGCCUCUGUUGAACUUCCAGCACGUGGCACCCGAACUAGAGACCACUCCCGAGCUGACCAAGCGGCGACCGGCAGGCCUCAAUCCUCUGGAAUCCAACGAUCUCGAUGCCCAGCAGCAGGAAAUGGCUUUCGAGUCGAGUCUCUUGCGAAACUCUCUCACUCCCUUGGAGGAGGAAGCCAUGCUGGCCUCCAAUAGCUACCCCAGGCAGCCGAAGAGGCAGCGGGUUUACACCGAGGGGGGCAUGCUCCUGAUGCCACAGGAUGAAAGCUUCGAUGGGAUGCAGGGUGAUGAGCCCGAGAAUGUCAAGCAAUCCCUUCUGGCCAGUAUGCUGGGUUUCGCCCGGCAUGAGCGGCUGGACGUGAAGAAGCCGGGCCCGCUGAUGGGUCCUCCCGCUCCUGUUUCGUCGGAAGUGAACAACCAAGUGGAGAAAGAGAAGACUCGCAAGCCGGACGGAGGUAACAAGGAGGUGCUGCCCGCCCACAUCAAGGGCAGCAUCGAGGACGAGGCACACAAAAAGAAGAAGGUCAUGCAGCAACAACACUCGGACGAGGAUCAUGCGCCGCACACCGUUGACACUGAAUAUGUACAUGUGUUCGUCAAGAACCCUAUUGACAGUUGGAACGAUGGGCAGCGCAUCAUGAAGGAGCUGGAGCAAAUACUACACAUGCAGGGAUACUUUUCUUAUUUAACCGUUCAACAACACGAAGUCAGCUUCCGGGUGAACUCAAACAACCCCGAGCGCAAGACCGCCGGCGAUGUGGCACGAACGAUCAACGAGAACCGCGGCGUCAAGAACAACAUCCAGCGACGUGUCGGGUUCUAUGUGCUGCACGCCGGUGUCGGCGACGUGAUCAAGGACCUGCAGGAUCCGAGCGUGUCAUCGGCACGGAUCGAGCUGGCCGAGGAGGGACCGGAUGUCACCCACAUCAUGGCCUACAUGUUUGCCGGGGCAGGAGCUGCUGCGGUAAUAGUGAUCUUUGUCACCUUGAUUCUGAUCAAGCGCCAUGACCGCAAACGGGACAAACUGGGCGGACUACAGUCGGGCAUUGCGGGGGCGGAGACCUGCAGCAAGGACUACCAGGAACUCUGCCGAGCCCGGAUGGCCGGCAAGGGUGGAAGCGGCGGUAAUGGAGCAGGAGGUGCUGCUGGUGGAUCCAACGAACCGGCACACAGCGGACGGAUCACAUCGCUGAGUAAGGAGAACGAAGGCCGACCACCGUCCUCACGAUCCAGCACCUCUUCCUGGAGCGAGGAGCCGGCAUUGACGAACAUGGAUAUCUCAACAGGACAUAUGGUUUUGUCUUAUAUGGAGGAUCACUUGCGCAACAAGGGACGCCUUCAGAGGGAAUGGGAAGCACUCUGCCGGUAUGAGGCCGAGCCCAGUGCUCGAGAGGCUGCCUCCCAGCCCCAGUGCUCCGGAUUGAAUAGACCAGGAGCUCCAUUACCGUACGAUCACUCGCGCGUUGUCCUUAACCAUCUGGCCAAUGCCGAAGGACUUGACUAUGUGAAUGCUUCAACGAUUACCGAUCAUGAUCCACGAGCGCCCGCCUAUGUGGCCGCCCAGGGACCGCUACCCUCGACAUUGGCCCACUUCUGGCAAAUGAUCUGGGAGCAGGGAGCCGUUGUCAUCGUGGCCCUCUGCCGGUUGCAGGAGAACGGAGAGGUGGCCUGUGCCCGUUACUGGCCGGAAGAAGGUGCAGAGGUUUAUCACAUCUAUGAGGUUCAUCUCGUUAGUGAACACAUUUGGUGUGACGAUUACCUCGUACGUUCUUUCUACCUGAAGAAUCUGCGAACCAGUGAGACCCGCACGGUCACUCAGUUCCACUUCUUGUCCUGGCCGCAAAUGGGAGUUCCUGCCCAGGCAAAGGCUCUCCUGGACUUCAGACGCAAGGUGAACAAAUCCUAUCGGGGCCGACGAUCUUGCCCCAUUGUGGUGCAUGGCAGUGCCGGAGCCGGUCGAACCGGAGCCUACAUCCUGCUAGACCUGGUACUGGAGCGAAUGAACAAGGGUGCGCGUGAGAUAGACAUUGCCGCCACCUUGGAGCACCUGCGGGAUCAGCGAGCCGGUGUCGUGGCCACAAGGCAACAGUUCGAGUUCGUUCUGAUGGCCGUGGCCGAGGAGGUGCAUGCCAUACUGAAGGCUCUGCCGGCGAACACCUCCGGCGAGAAACGGGAACUGGACAAGGAUCCCGCGAUUACCAGCACCACCAAGGAGCCGUUGAAGGAGGACAAGGCCAAGGAGGCGGCGGAGGAGGAGGCGCCUACCAGCAGCUCCAAGGCGGCUGCCAAGGAGAAGGAUAAUGAGAAGGAACAACAGCAGAAGUCCAAGGAGCCGCCCAAGGAGCAGCCCAAGGAGCAAAAGACGCCGGCCAAGCCAGCUAAGCAGGCGAAGAAGUAGACCAACCGGACUCCGUUGGACUCCGGUUGAAGGUUAAGCCUCAGGUUAAUGAUUGUUGCAGCGUUUCGGGGGUCUUUAUUUUCGUUGUUGUAGUUAAAGAAUAUAUAGCUUCAGUUCGACUUUGAGUUGGCGUGAGCACUUGGAAGGUUCGAAACAGGCUUCAAAUGGUUGUCAGUAGUAGGAAUUCUUUCCCAGUUGUUCUACGGACAACGCACUUUAUUCGUUUUAUUCCUAAGUUAUCGACACCGCGCCAACAUGAAGCACAUGCGGCCCCGGUCAGUCUUGGGGCUCCCUGGGACCGUAACGCUGCUCCGGGUAUGCACCAGCCCGUGGUUCCGGAGUGCGUCCGGGCGGGGAGACUCCUGGCUGGGGCAGGCAUGUGCGGUGCACUUAACUAUAGAAACGCACGAUAUACAUAUAUAGAGGAUAUUUGAGUGUUAAAGGAUAUACAAGAAUAUUUACAUGCAUACUUAUACUUAUAUACAUGUCUAGGUGUUAAGCAUUGAAUUCAAUUACGAAACAUUUUGACUUAUGCGUACAUUAACCGAUAUCGAUGUUGGCAUAAAUAUCUCUUAACCCUAAUCGAUGUGCUUGAAGAACCAGCGAAUGCAAAAUGAAAACUGCAAUGUGCACAAAAUGCUAACCAACAAAAGAGAGAGCUAAUUAUUGGUAUACAUAUGCCAAGUCAGACAGAACACGAGACAUCAUUUGAAAAGGACACUUUAUACACACGACCACUCCAAAAGGAUACAUAUACAAGAGACCGACAUACAUAUGCAGAAACACUAGAAACCAAAAAUCAAGAUCAAAAAACCAAAAAAAAAAAGAUUGCGAAAUUUGUACCUUACAACAAAAAAAUUCUAUUUACAACAAGGAUUGUUUAGCGAGGAAGCAAAACCUAUUGAUGUGUAUGACAAUUAAUUAUACAAGGAUAUAACCGCAAUUACAGAAUAUAUUUGUAUACAAUAUAUAUUAAUUAUUCAUAUAUACAAUACGGUGAAUGUCAUUAUUAUCUAUUUAGCUAACUUAUGUGUGUGCUGCUCGAUUUCGCAACUAUGCGGAUCGGGUAUUGUUUUACCAGACCAUAUGUAUGUGUGCAAAAAUCAAGAAGAAUUUGUUCAGUUAUCAGUCGCUCCUAAACUUAAGCCACACUUUUUACCCCUCACAGUUGAAUACACCUAACGAAGAGUAUUUCAAAGUAUACAUAUAUGAUUAUUAUUAUAAUACCCAGUUAAGUAUGAAAUUGUCAGAAAGAAUUGUACUCGGGCUCCGGUGACUGCCUUUCCGGGUCCGCUCGAUCAAGCUCGAUACACAUCAUUCGCGAUCACCUCGAUCCACCCAGCAACCUGAGGCAGCUAGGAGCCUGACGGACGGACUGGGAUUUGGGGGAGCCGGCGGGGCUUCGAGUGCGAUUAGGAGUAUGUGCCACAAAACAAGCUACUGAAACCACUUCAAAAAAAAAAACUAUUCAAAAAAUCUAAAAAAAAACGUGGGAUAGUAAAACUAUGCAUAUUGCUAUCCCUAAGUGCAGAAUAACAACUCAAGACACUUCUAUUAUCAUCACAAAAACUAACCACUCAGGCAUGACCUCUGAUCGAAUCACACGGACAAACAGGAAACGAACAAAUCAAUGAACCAAAAAUUAUGAAAAAAAAUCUAAAAAAAAAAAAUCACAAGGACUAUACAGCCUGUAUGACACGCUACACGAUACACCCCAGGGACGACAACAAUGAUACACGUGACAAGCGAUCCAACAGAUACUGUAUCUCGAUGUAGUUUAAA